GGUUUUCUAAAGAUGUCAAACGUCAAAGAGGAGUGGAAAAAUUGCAAAAUAAAAAUAAUAUUAAUGGAAUGUUGAAAUGUAGAUAGUAGUGAACAUAUAAAUAAUGUUUCUGAUUUCUAACUUGUUAAACAGAUAAAAACUAAAAUGUUUUAGUUAUACAGAAGUGUUUUCGAUGAAAUAAGGAGCGAAAUAUCAGUUAAAAUGAGUAAACACAUGUACUCUACUGCUAACCUAUCUGACAAGGAACUGAAAGAGCAAGGAAACCGUUUAUUCAGUUUGAGAAAGUACGAAGAUGCUAUUGGAUGCUACAGUAAAGCAAUUAUAAAAAAUCCUGAAGUGGCCCAUUACUUUACUAAUCGUGCUCUUUGCCACUUGAAAUUAUUAAGAUGGGAACAGGCGUGUACGGACUGCCGGAGAGCUUUAGACAUGGAUCCAAGUCUUGUCAAGGGCCAUUUUUUUCUAGGACAAGCAUUGUUAGAAUGUGAUAACUACGAUGAAUCAAUAAAACAUUUACAACGGGCAUCAGAUUUGGCAAAAGAACAAAAGUUGAAUUUUGGUGAUGAUAUUGCCUCGCAAUUGAGGGCAGCGAGAAAAAAACGAUUCACAUUGCAAGAAGAGAAACGAAUUGCUCAAGAAAUAGAGUUGCAUUCAUAUUUGAAUAGACUAAUUGAACAUGAUAAAGAAGAACAAAUCAAUGCAGUGAAUCGUCAAGAAGGCGAUAACGAACUAAGGAAGGAAAAAAUUCAAGAAAUUGAUGAAAAAUGUGACAACUACCUCAAUGAACUUAAUCAGCUUUUCAUUAAAGUAGAUGACAGGAGAAGGAAACGAGAAGUUCCUGACUACUUGUGUGGAAAAAUAAGUUUUGAAAUUUUACAGGAGCCUGUUAUAACACCUAGUGGUAUUACAUAUGAUAAAAAAGACUUGGAGGAACAUUUGCAACGUGUUGGACAUUUCGAUCCUGUGACUCGUGUGAAACUUACUCAAGAUCAGCUUAUUCCAAAUUUUGCAAUGAAGGAAGUCGUUGAUGCUUUUUUAGCCGAAAACGAGUGGGCUUUGGACUACUAAGUGAGAAAAUUGGUGUUGUUUUUACUACUAACUGAUUGGUUUUGUGAUUUGAGAUAAAGUUCUUAAAAUAUCAAAUUUGAAAUUGCAAUCAUGUAGUUUCAUAAACUUGUGUACAUAAGAUAUUAAAGGUUUUCAAUAAA